GUUAAUAUAAUUAUAAAUCUGUAAAAACAGCGAUAUCGCCUCCACUGCGGGUAAGAGUUAAUAUAAUUAUAAAUCUAUAAAAACAGCGAUAUCGCCUCCACUGCGGGUAAGAGUUAAUAUAAUUAUAAAUCUAUAAAAACAGCGAUAUCGCCUCCACUGCGGGUAAGAGUUAAUAUAAUUAUAAAUCUAUAAAAACAGCGAUAUCGCCUCCACUGCGGGUAAGAGUUAAUAUAAUUAUAAAUCUAUAAAAACAGCGAUAUCGCCUCCACUGCGGGUAAGAGUUAAUAUAAUUAUAAAUCUAUAAAAACAGCGAUAUCGCCUCCACUGCGGGUAAGAGUUAAUAUAAUUAUAAAUCUAUAAAAACAGCGAUAUCGCCUCCACUGCGGGGGCUGCGUUUGACUCGGAAGACUCUUGCACGACGAGUUUUCCUUGUGCAGAUCUGGGGUGAGCGAUUCCUUCCGCUUCGGAUCUCUCUCCUGGAUUUACAGAGACCGAUCAUACCGGGCCUGACCAGAUCCGGACCAGCUGUGUGUGAGACAGAGAGUCAGUGGGAAGCAGGGACUGCGAGGGGGGCGAACACUGAGACUGGGACACGGGGACACAGGCGCUCCCUGCUACUGUGUUUGUGUGAGAGACUGGGAUCCCUGGGAGUUCUGUUGUGUGUCAGUUUGAGUCUCACACACUGUCCCUGGAGACUGGUUCUGGGUGCCCCAGUGUGACGGAGCCCCUGGUUCUGGGUGCCCCAGUGUGACGGAGCCCCUGGUUCUGGGUGCCCCAGUGUGACGGAGCCCCUGGUUCUGCUCUGAGUCCCACGAUGUCCCGCAAGCAGACAGUGAAGACGGGCCACCCUCACAGGAAGUUCUCCGCGGAGAGGAAGCGUGACGAGCGGGCGGUGCGCAGAGCGCUGGCGAAGGAGCGCAGGAACCGAGCCCAGGGGGGCGGGGCCGAGGACGAGGAGGAGGAGUUUGUCAGCUUCACCAAUCAGCUGCAAUCGCUCGGCCUCAAACUGAGAGAGGUGCCUGGAGACGGUAACUGCCUGUUCCGGGCCCUGGGGGACCAGUUGGAGGGUCACUCCCGGAACCACCUGAAGCUCCGGCGCGAGACGGUAGAGUUCAUGCUCACACAGCGGCACGACUUCGAGCCCUUCGUGGAGGACGACGUGCCCUUCGAGAAACACGUGGCGAGCUCUGGGGAGCGUUCCUUGCUACGUUAUCUAUGUGUCACGGUCACACAUGUGUUUUGUGUCUGUGUCUCUGUGUGUGUGUGUUUGUGUCUCUGUGUGUCUCAUGGUUCCUACUCCUGUUUUACGGUUGGCGCUGCCCAGAUCCGGGGGUCGGAGAAGCCGAGUGGCCGCGAGCUGCACAUCGCUUAUCGCCAUGGCGAGCACUAUGACAGCGUGCGCAGGAUUGGAGACAACUCUGAGAGUCCCGCCCACCUGAGGACAGAGACUCUGAGUCGCGGCGGGGAGUCCCAGGUGGAUUGGAACCGGAACUGGUACCGGCCCGCAAGCCCGACUGGGGGGGACCCUGAGGGGGAGGUGUCGGAGUGGGGGGCCUGUACGGACACAGCGCUCAUCCUGCAGAGUCUGGAGGCUGCAAAUGAUACCAUUGAGACAGCAGUGAGCUCGCUGCUUCAGGACCCGGGAACAUGCAGGCACAGCCCUGACUCGGAGCUCCAGGGGGGGCUGUGGCAGGACUCCGGCUCGGGCGCGCGGAUCUUUGGGAGCCCUGCGGAGAACAACCGGACUGGCGGAACCAGAACCGAGUCAGAGGAGACCAGCGCUGUCAAGAACAGGAGUGUCAAGGUCUCCAAUAAGCAGCGCAAGGAGCAGCAACGGCUGGAGAAGAAGAGUCGUCAGGAGGAGAAGCAUAGACAGAGAGCCCGGGAGAACCAGAACCAGAAUCAGGAACAGGACCCAGACAGCGGGGUCCACCUGGUCAGGACAUUCUCCACACUCAACAUCUAGCUGAAUCCUCACCCCUACCGACAGCAGCCCGUGAUGACCUGCGCAGCCCGGGGGGUGGGUGGUUUACAGGAAUUGUGGGGGCUAUAGUUUCAUUAAGAGGUCUGUGUGUGACAGCCAUGCUUAAUAAAACUACAACUCCCAGGAUCCUCUGCUGCAAGGGGACAUUCACAGUGGUUUGUGUUUUGUUUUGUGUUUUUUUUCAGAGGGGCUGGUUUGAUAUAGUUUUGUGUUUGAUCGGAGAGUCUCACUGGUGAAAUGAAUAUUAACAAUAGUAUUAACUGAACAGUAUUCAGUGCUGUGUGCGGCCGGCCCCAGACAGAUCUGCACACAGUAUUCAGUGCUGACUCAAUGGGGUCUGAAGACAGGACUGUGAUUGCUGGUGUUUGUGAAUACUGUGUGUGAGGUGUGUCAGUGUGUGCGUGCGUGUGCGUGUGCAUGGCAUGCAGAAUGGUUUCAUGUUAAUGAUAUUUUGCAGUGGCUGGAUGCUGUGCCAUGGAAUGCUGUAAAUAAAUUUGGAGAUCUCUUUCUAA